UAAUCCAGGGGUUGAAGGAGGAGUUGGAGCAAUGCCGGGGGGACCGAUGCGCAAGGUCCUGCCACGUCCUCGAAGAAUUCAUGCCCGUCAAGAGUAAAUUCGAGGAGGAGGGCACGGUGAAGCUGGAAGACGAUACCAAAGAUAAGAUGAACUGGAUGAGCUCCGCUCAGCUCUGGAGCGAUAAUUACAGUGACGAGAACAAAAACAUUAACACCAACAACGAGAAGAGAAUAGCCGAAAAGAGAGGUGGAGAGCCCGACCGCGAGACCUCGUCGCUGGAAUCCAGAGGUCGGAGCCGGGGAGGCGCAUUGGUGCCGUUCAAAGGCCCAUCGGCGCUUGCCGUGAACCCGAUGAAGGAGGAUAAACCGGCGGUGGCGUUGCCGGACCUAUCCCUGCUGUCCCCUGGGAUCAAGGCCUCGCGCCCGGUGCCGGCCGUGAUCGAGGACCACCGCGGCGGUUGCCUGAUCUCCAAGGUCGCCGUGAGAUCCCCGGCGCCGGCGCCGGCGCCGGUGUCUGCAGUAGGCGCCCACCUCAGCUUGCAGGCCCAGCAGCAGCCCCCGAGGAAGGCUCGGCGGUGCUGGUCGCCAGAGCUACAUCGCCGCUUCGUCGCCGCCCUCCAGAAACUAGGCGGUGCCCAAGUGGCUACUCCAAAGCAGAUCAGAGAACUGAUGAAAGUUGAUGGGCUUACGAACGAUGAAGUGAAGAGCCAUCUGCAGAAAUAUAGAUUACAUACUCGAAGGGUGCCGAAUGCUUCUGCUGCAGCAAACAGUCCUGUUGUCAUGAUGGGAAGCUUAUGGGUUCCUCAGGAGCACUACUCUACUUCAAAGCAGAGCGCUUCGCAGUCUGGCUCACCCCAGAGCCCUCUCCAAUUAGCCGGUUCUGCCCGCACAAUCUCCAUUACUGCUGGAGAUAGUUGUGAGGAAGAAGAUGGGAAAUCGGAGAGCUACAGCUGGAAAUGAGGGAAGUUUUAUUCUGGAAAUAGUUGAGCAGAGGAAGUGAGGCCUAGAUAUAUGUCGAAGAGACUGACAUAUGGGAAUUGAUGUAUAGAGAAAUUAAGAGUUUUACUGAUAUAGUGCCAGGGACAAACCAAUAGGGUUGGAGUAAAAUUCUGUGAUAUAGAGGGAAAAGAGGAAUAGCUGUGCUGAGAAUAGGAGUUAUGGAGCUCCUUAGAUAAAAUUUUGGUCAGAGUUUCAGUUUUCCUCCUUGGUUCUUCUUUUCUUUACCUUCGUGUUCUGAACGGUGUGAGGGUUGUUGUGACACCUAGUGGAAAUCCACCGGAAGUGUCAUUUUCCCCUUGGAUAAAGUCUUUACUGCUUUUAGACAUGCUGGUUCUUGCA